AUGCGAUGCCUAGAGACAACGGUCACGACGUCUGAUUGCGAGCACAUUGCGAAGUGCGAAUUUCCGCAACUGUUUGCUCCAGGACUGGGCGUUGCUAAAGGUUACGCACACAAAGUGAAACUGAGACCAGAAGUGGAGCCCACUGUAGCUAAACUUCGAAGACUACCGCUAGAGGUAAGGAGCGAUGUCUCGAAGGAACUGAAGAAACUCCUGGACAUGGAUAUCAUAGAACCCAUUGAUGCGUCACCAUGGGUAUCGCCCAUUGUCGUCGCUAAGAAAAAGGACGGUCGUAUUCGACUUUGUGUGGACCUACGAGGACCGAACAGAGCUGUCAUACCGGAUUGCUAUCCUCUACCACACAUAGAGGAACUUGUUAACAGACUCGCCGGUGCGAAAGUCUUCUCCAAACUAGACCUAACUGCGGCAUACCACAAGCUACCGCUAGCAGAAGAAAGCCGUGAUAUCACUGCUUUUAUCACGCACGACGGAUUGUUCCGUUACAAACGGGUAUGUUUUGGCCUGGCGUCAGCACCCUCUGCCUUCCAGAAGCUCCUCGCUAAUGUGCUCAAAGACUGUAGUGGAGUACAGUGA